CACACAGAUGUAGCUCAUCCGCCACAUACGCACGGAUGAGAAGGUUCGUACCAACGUACAUCUUAGUAUUGUUUUAGAUAAUAUUCUUAAAUAAUAAUUUUGUAUCCCCCUCCUCCAUUCUCAACCGCAUCCUACCCUACCCUACAAAUAAGAUUUGCUACAUGUAUUUUUAACCACUUGUUCCUCAUUAGUUAUUAUAAACAUUUACUUUUUCAACACCACCCUAAUCACAUGCAAAUCUCCCUGCAUGUAUGGACGUCACAUUACAACCAUAAACACCUAAAUAACAACAAACAACAAUUCCCCUAAUAACAUCGUCCCAAACAAUCACAACAAAUCUCUAAUGGGUUUGAAAAAUCUGUUAAACCGGAAGAAAAAGAAGAAAAGUGGAGAAAACAACAGCACACACGACCAAAACCGCGAAGAAGAACCCACAAAUCCGACAACAAAAUCGACGCCAGAGGCAUCGCGUACCAAACCAUUAGAUUCUAGAGUCCGAAUCGAGGAGGAGUUAGAACAAGUUUUCAAAAAAUUCGACGUAAAUGGUGAUGGGAAAAUAUGUGCAUCCGAAUUGGGAUCAAUAAUGGGAAGCUUGGGACACCACCCGACGAAUGAGGAGCUACAAAAUAUGAUUAAGGAGGUUGAUGCCGAUGGUGACGGGUUUAUAAACUUGGAGGAGUUUAUAGAAUUGAACACGAAGGACAUUGAUUCGACUGAGGUGUUGGAGAAUUUGAAAGACGCGUUUUCCAUUUUUGAUAUUGAUAAAAAUGGGUUGAUAACCGCAGAAGAGUUGUUGGAUGUUUUGAAGAGUUUGGGGGAGAAUUGUACCAUCACCGAUAGUCGAAAAAUGAUCGCUGGAGCAGAUCGAGAUGGUGAUGGUAUGAUCAACUUUGAUGAGUUUAAAGAUAUGAUGAAGAUGGGUUCACAUUUUGAUUCCAAAGGGUUGGGGAAACAAGAAAUUGUUGAAGAUUAGUUGUUUAAUUUGUUUCUUUGAUUUUUACUAUAUUUAUUUAUGGUGGUCUAGAUUUGAAUCUUUUGUUUGUUAUGAAUCUGAUUUGUUAGAUUUUUUUUUUUUUUUUAGUUUGAUAAUUCGUGUACUAGAUGUGUUAGUUAUGGUUAUUUUUUAAAUUUUCAUG